AACCCGUCACGUGGUUGAGAGGAAACCGGAAGUGCGGACUCAUCGUCUGUUGAUCAAAACACAAACAGCGGAGUGAGCUCGAGCCUGUUCUCCAGCAUAUCGAUCAGAUAAUAGAUCAGGAGCAAUAUCAGAAGAUCGAUAUGGAGCAGUAGAGAGUGCUCAGCCGAUCACAUACUUCGAUCUAGCUUUAUACAGUUAGCCGUUAGCUGGUAGCCGUUAGCCGUUAGCUCCAUGGCGUCCUCAGCGGGGCUCCCCCCCCUCGGCCCGGGCCGUGCUGCUUCUUCCCCCUGCAUUCACCCCACCGGCAAGCCGCCUCUCCGGCCCCACCACCCGCACCCGGCUCACUGCAGCCCGGCCUGUGUGAUGGGGGAGUCGGUGGACGACGCGGAGGGUCUGUAUGUGGCGGUGGAGCGGUGCCCGCUGUGCAGCACCUCCCGCCGCAGACUCACCUGCGCCCGCUGCGUCCAGGACGGAGACUUUGUUUACUUCGACGGGAGGAACACCGAGAGGUACAUUGAGAAGUUGGAGCGACUGAAGAAGCUGAAGGAAGAGAAAGAGCAGCUGCAGCAGAGAGUCCUGCAGACCAUGGACAGGAAGCUGCAGGCCGAUGAGAUGAAAUGGAAGAUCAUGUCCUGUAAGAUGAAGAUUGAGCAGCUGAAGGAGGCGGUCGCCGCGGGCAACGAGGAGGUGAAGAGCGAUAAGGAGCUCCUCCUGCGCUCUCAGGAGGACAGUCAGCGACUGCAGCGGCGGGCCGGCCGCCACCAAGAGAAACGGGAUAAAAUCGAGCGUCACAACCGUCGUCUGGGUGACCUGCUGGAGAGACGCAGCCGUGAGCUACAGACCAGACUGAGUCAGCUGGCAGCUCUGAGGCGAGACCACAUCCUGGAGCUCACGGCCCACAUCUUCCCCACACAGGAGGAGAAACAGGGCAGCAGAGACCCCGCAGAUGUGGUGGCGGAGUGCGACCCCGCGUUGACCUCCAGCACGGUGAGUGAGCUUGCUGAAGCGCGGAGAACCACCUACCUGUCAGGACGUUGGAUCUGGGACGACCAGAACGGAGAGACCAGCAUCAGCAUCACGGGACCCCCCGUCACCCUGCCCAGCAACGGAGACUGCUCCGCCUACUACAGCUGGGUGGAGGAGAAGAGCACCAAUCAGGGCCCAGAGCUGGACCACAUCAACCCAGCUCACACCAUCAGCGCCGCUCUCUGUUACGCCACGCAGCUCGUCACCAUCCUGUCUCACAUUCUGGACGUAAACCUGCCCAAGAAGCUCUGCAACAGUGAGUUCUGUGGAGAAAAUCUGAGCCGCUACCGCUUCACCAGAGCUCUGAGCAAACUCAACACCAACAUCCUCCACCUGUGCUUCUCCCAGCAUGUGGACAGCGAGAAGCUCCACCCCCAUCACACUCUGAGAAACAUCAUGUUUCUGGUUUCCCCCGACAACGACAACCUGGGCAGGACUGGCCCAUUCGAGGUGAGCGCCGACCUGGAGGAGUCGAUGGAGUUUGUGGAGCCGGAGGCGGCAGGGCCGGCCGAGGAGAGUGGAGAUGAAGCGGUGACGGACGAGGAGACAGACCUGGGGACUGACUGGGAGACGGUUCCCAGUCCACGAUUCUGUGACAUCCCAUCACAGUCCAUGGAUCUUUCCCAGAGUGCAUUGCAGGUUUCACAGCCCGCUGCUAACACUGGGGGGAUGAUCUCAUCCGCUGCCGCCUCAGUCACUUCCUGGUUCAGAGCGUACACCGGCCAGCGCUGAUUCACCUAUACCAGAACCUGUCCAGAUUGGACUGGUGCAGAUCUGGAACUCCUGAAGGUCUCAGACUUUUGGUCUGGCUUUGGACUGGACAGGUAUCAAAGGUCAGAGGUCAGGCUGGCAGGUCAGAGAUCAGCAGAUCCAGAUGCCUGGAGCUCUGAAGAGCCAAUCACAGAUUAUCAAGAUCAGGUACUCCAUGGUCCAGGUACAGUUUGGUUCAGGUUCACUAGGCUCCUCGUUGAGCAUCUGAACUGUUACAUUUUUUUUAAUUUGAAUUCCCCUAAACUUGAAUGUUAUCAGCUUAUUAACAUGUAAUUAAUGGGUUAUAAUGACCAUAAUGUGGUAAUUCCUGUUUAUGACUAUAAGGAUUGUGGUAUCAGAUCAAACUCCGUAUUGAAUUCAACAGUGAUAGAUCAAUUCUAAACUUCAUAUAUAUAUAUAUAUAUAUAUAUAUAGCUCAUAAAACACAUCUGUAAUGGUUCCCACCAAAUGUGAAUAUUUUCCCUUUAAUCUGUGUCACUGCAGGAGUUAGAGCCCACAAUAAUCAGCUGUUUCUGUGAUUUAAUGUUAAUAAACGGAUCAAUAUGAUGUUGAAAGAACAACAUCAUGAUGAUCGAUUUAUAAAGUCUGAAUUCAGACUGUCGGUCUGUCUGUAAGACGACGAGCAAACUGCUUUUAAAAUGCUUGUUUUCUGAAUGGAGUUUGGUUGAUCAGGGCUAAGCUAACUUAACCUUGGUGGCUCUCAGCAGACGGGUUGGGAGGAGAGAGAGAAGAUAAAUCCACUUUUUAAUCCCAGAGGUUUCAGUAAUAAACAAUGUGAACGUCUCCAGAUCAGCUCAGGAUCAGGUGGGACUCUGGCUGUUUAUGGGCUCUCUCCUGCAGAGCUCCCCGGGCUCCAGCAGCUGUCUGUGUGCAGCAGCAGCUCUGUCUCUCCCUCCUCCUCACAGACUGCAAACACCCGACAUACGAUACAACGACCACCUCAAAUGUGUAAAUUUUACACUCCCACAAAAACGUGAAUGAGGUUUUAUGUGUGUUUGUCAUUCACAUCCGCUGCCGCGAAUUCGUGUCCAUUCACGUCUUGGAUUCUGUAUGGAAUCUUACUUUCGUGAAUAAUUUUAUUAAUCACGUUUGAUGGGAAUAAUAAACAAUACAAAAUAAUAAUAACGUGCAUAAUAAUAUAAAAUCUGUCUUUAUAGGAGAAAUUAUAAUUAUUGAACAUUAAUAUCUGUUAUAAACAUUUAUUACAUGUUUAUAUAAAAAAAGAGCAAAGAAUCAUCUUUCACCACCUGUCGACCUGCCAGCCUGUCUCUCUGCCUAUCUGUCUGUCGGUCUGUCUCACCACAAAGGGAAAGUUUCUGUUUUUAUUUUUAUUUUCUCUUUUUGUUUAUUUUUUCUUCGUUUGUGAAACAAAGACAACAAAUGGACUUUCUGCUGUGAUGACAGCAGCGCUAACAAACUCAUAGCAGUUGCCAUGGCGAUAACGAACCCUGUUUAUACACACACACAGACACACACACACACACAGAGCGGACUGAAUGUGGUUCAGGUUGGUGGUUUACCUGUCCUACAGGUGAGUGUCAGCCUGAUGGAGAGAACUGGUUCUACACUGAUGUGUUUAAAGGACGUGUGACAUUUUCUGUUUCCAUGAAAAGAUUGAAAUGAAAUAAAAUCCUGUUUUCUGGUUUUCAA